CUUGUCUCUCCCCAACGCGGGAAAUGUUGGAUGGUGUGGUACGUAGAACCAGACAGCGAUCGGUAAGGACACAGUGCACUCUAUGACUUCCAGGCUUUUUUCUGCCUUGGGUUCAAUUAAACUACCAGAAUCAGCAGCGGCAGCAGAAACAAAUGCCGGGCACCGGUUCAUCGCUGCAGUACCUUUUUCUCUUUCUUUCUUCGCACUGCCGGUGGAGGGUCGCACAAAUGGGAAAUCUAUUUCUAGGCAUCAUCACCGCCUACCUCUUCCCCCCCAGCCAGCCCAGCCGUGAUGCGGAUGAAAUCUGUCUCGUCUUCGCCUACACCGCUACACGAUGGGGGUUUUUCUUCGUCCAUUGUUCCCCCGUAUGCCUACUCCGUACGCGAACUUUGAUUGACUGGCUGGCGUAAGUUGUAACCCAUGGGACCAAGAGUCUUUCGCUUCAGCCUGGAUGGAUAGAUAGUGGGA